AUGCAUAUUUUUCAAUCUCUUCACCUUGUGGUGGCUAUGCUGAUCUACACAUCGGCUCUGUGCAAUGCCGGUCAUAUGGUGAAGUCACGUUGGACUGUCGGAGGCCUCUCAAGCCGAGCUGUUGCCCAAGCACAUGCUCAUGCUGUUGAACCCAUUGGUCGUGAUAUCUCUCCAGACUGGAUCACUAGACGAUAUGCCCCAAAGGUAUAUGUUCGUCAGGAGAACACCACUAUUACGAACACUACUCUUCCCACUGGAACUAACAGCACAACUGGAACAACUGAGGGGAACUCCAAUCAAGAAGCUCAGAAGCAGCAAGAGGAGGCUAGAAAGCAAGCAGAAGAAGCUAGGAAACAACAAGAAGAGGCUCAGAAGCAGCAAGAAGAGGCCCAAGAGGCUCAGAAGCAGCAACAAGAGGCUCAAAAGCAACAACAAGAGGCGCAAAAGCAGCAAGAGGAAGCUCAAAAGCAACAAGAAGAAGCUGCUAGGAAGCAAGGAGAGGAGGUCGGAAAGGCAGCUGCAGAGCAAGCGAAACAGCAACAGGAGUCUGCGAAGCUAGCAGCUGAGCAGGCCACGAAAGAGCAAGAAGCUCAGGCUAAAGCAGCCGAAGAGCAAGCCAAACAGCAGCAGGAGGCUACUCAGAAGGCCGCAGAGGCACAGAAGCAAGCCGAAGAACAACAGAAAGCUCAGGCAGAGGCCCAGGCGAAGGCGCAAGAAAAUGCUGCCAAGCAAGAGGAACAAGCCAAGUUAGCGGCAGAGGCCCAAGCUAAAGCCCAAGAAGAAGCCGCAAGGCAACAAGAACAGAUCAAUCAAGCUGCCGAAGCUCAAGCCAAGGCACAAGAGGAUGCUAAGAAACUAGCGGAGGAAAAAGCAAAACAAGAGGCCGAAAUUCAGGCGAAAGCUGCUGAAUGA